AUGGGACUUUGUUAUCGUCUUUAUAUCCGCUUCAAGGUGAGUUUCAUUUAGUAGAAAGUGCAAAUGGCAAUACUAUAGCCUAAAAACAAUUUGAUUGUUUUUUUUUUGCAAAAUUCUAUUUUUUGUAAUGAUGUCUUCAUCAUCACAAAAAUAGACUUUCAAAAAAAAAAGUUUGUUCAUUAUCCAAUCAACGCAGUCCUUUAAAAGGAUGAAGAAGUCAUUUAUUUUUGUUUUAUUUCAUUUUAUUUUGUUUUUUUUUCAAAUUUGUUCUUUUUCAUCUAUGCGUUUUUGAAACUUUUCAUUUUUCAGUCAAAAAUUCCACAAUUUCGAACAAUUGUUUCAUAUUUUUCCGAAUUAUUGUACCGUUUUGGAGUGAUGCAUAGAACAUAUAAUUAUGAAGAUUUUUCCGAUAAAUUCAGAAAAAAUGAGACAGGUACAAAAAACUUCUGUGUUUCGCACAUCAUUUGGUUUUUUUGCAGUUUACUACGCAAAUCCUGCUGAAACUGAAGUGUUGAACAAUGUCAAAGUUUGGGUUCAACAUUCAAACUUUUUUGGACAGAGCACCCAAUCAGCGGAUGAAUAUGUGAGUUUUCGAGGACUGUAGAAAAUAUGGUCGUAUGAAACAUUUUGCAGUUUUCGUUAGAAUCUCAACCAAUUCGUCAGACUCGAACACUUCCAGCAACACCUGAAUAUAUUCCAAUCAAAGGAUCGAUUCAGCAUCAAUUUCAAUACGAAGUAUGUUUUGGAAAUAAUGUAACAAUGAGUUGGGUUAAAAGCAAGUGUCUAGAAAAGAGCUAGUUAAGAAUGGGGUGCCUGUGUGUUUCGCCGGUUUCAUUUUUCUUUUUUAUACAUGCUGAAGCUAGGAUUGAGUUAGAAAACUGUGGAUGUGCGAAUGUGGUUAGGUAAUAAUCAUAAAACACCUGAAGAACUGUACGACAAUUUUGUCAAUCUUCAUUCUUAGCCUUGGGCCCUUUUUUACGGAUCUAGUUAAAGAAUUUUGAGCUCCAAUUGAGAAAAUUCAGAAUUUUCAAUAUCUGAUCUUGUAAUUGUUAUAUCGUUAUAAGGCAUUCCUUUCAUAGUUUUAACAAAAAUAAAAACGAUUUCACGAUGAAGAAUUGAAAAUAUGAAAAUAUCGUACAGUAGUGGCCAUAAUUAAAUCACUUUUUAUUUUUUUGCUGUAAAUAGGCUGAAACUUAUCGAAUGAGGUCCAAAUUUUUUUCUGAGCUGUGUGGGGGUGCUAUUGACGUUAGCCAUAAGUGAUAUUCGAAACAUUUGAUCUGCAACAAUUUUCAGAUCAUACUUACAGAUUUUCAUAAAUGGGAAAAUUAUCAAUUUUUCACAAAUUCACCGGAUUUUUUUUAUUCGGAUGAAAAAACACAAAGAUGUACUUUUAAUAGAAUAGUAGAGAUCUCAAGCUAUCGAUUCCUGCCUCAACAUUGAAAUUUACUCGAUUUUGAGAUCUAUUCCGAUGGUUUCAGUAAGACCAUCCAGAAAAUCUCAUUUGGCUCAAUUGUGCAUUUUUCAUGAUAGUUUAUCGUUGGAUUUUUAUCAAAACAUUAUAAAUAUGUGUUUUACAUAAUAAUACAUCAAAUUUGAACUCAAUCUGAAAGUUUUCGAACAGUUUUGACAUUGAUGGAAUUCAGAUGUUUGUCUUGAUCUUUGAUUAUAGACCAUCAGUGACAUCAAUCAAUGAUCCAAAUUGAUGAAUUCCAUUCUCUAGAUGUUUCUGUAUCUAAUCCACAAGUUUCUUGAAGGUUACGGAUCCCAACAUCAAAGUAAAACAUUCAAAUAUUGAAAGUUUCGGAUUCUAUCGUUUUUUCCAUUGUUUUUUCUAUGAAAAAGGAAGUUUUGUUUUCAAUUAUCUAAUACGACCCCUGUACCUUUAUUGGAGCAAAUUUUGUUUGUUGCAAGUAUUCUGGAAUACAUUGGGCACAAAAUUCAUCAAUUUGGAUCAUUGAUUGAUGUCACUGAUGGUCUAUAAUCAAAGAUCAAGACAAACAUCUGAAUUCCAUCAAUGUCAAAACUGUUCGAAAACUUUCAGAUUGAGUUCAAAUUUGAUGUAUUAUUAUGUAAAACACAUAUUUAUAAUGUUUUGAUAAAAAUCCAACGAUAAACUAUCAUGAAAAAUGCACAAUUGAGCCAAAUGAGAUUUUCUGGAUGGUCUUACUGAAACCAUCGGAAUAGAUCUCAAAAUCGAGUAAAUUUCAAUGUUGAGGCAGGAAUCGAUAGCUUGAGAUCUCUACUAUUCUAUUAAAAGUACAUCUUUGUGUUUUUUCAUCCGAAUAAAAAAAAUCCGGUGAAUUUGUGAAAAAUUGAUAAUUUUCCCAUUUAUGAAAAUCUGUAAGUAUGAUCUGAAAAUUGUUGCAGAUCAAAUGUUUCGAAUAUCACUUAUGGCUAACGUCAAUAGCACCCCCACACAGCUCAGAAAAAAAUUUGGACCUCAUUCGAUAAGUUUCAGCCUAUUUACAGCAAAAAAAUAAAAAGUGAUUUAAUUAUGGCCACUAUUGUAAAUAGCCAAAGCCCAACUCAUUGUUUUUUUUCAACACAAUAUUUCUGAAAAUCUAUCACAAAUAUUUUACCAGGUUGUCGACCGCGACUAUGAAUUAGCGCUCACUGAAAAACCGCACAACCCAGUUUACCAAAGUUUAUCAGCUCCAGUUCAAGGAAAACAAAAACCAAGUGAGAAAGAUUUCGAUAAAAUCAUGAAUGAUUAUUUGGCUUGGAUUGAAGCUGGAAAGACAGGCGUUACUGUUCGUAAACGCAGAAAACUUCCAGAAUUGCCAAAACCAACGGUAUUUUUUCCAAAUUUAUUAAUUUUUAUUCGAAAAACCCUAUUUUCAGUCAACAAACUAUGGAACAUUUGAGCAUUAUUUGGAACUAUCAGGUGGACAACAAGAAGAACCGACCUAUGCAGAAGUUCGUGAAUAUUCUGGAAUAAAAACUUGCAUUAUUGCAUUUUUGCAGGUUCAACGACAAAUCAACAAUUAUAUGUUCAAUGGAGAAAGAAAUAAUUAUUUUCAAAAUUAUCGACCGCACGUUAUUAUUGCGGAAAAAGUAUUUUUUUUUCAUUGAAAAAAUCAUACAUUAUAAUUUUAGGUUGGAAUGAACAGUGCUGAAAAUGCUCAAUUGAGAAGAGAUUUUCAUUCGAAUUCGACAUCAAUGGAGGUUGAUAAUUAUUUUCACUAUUGAAUAAAUAUUAAUUUAUCAUUUUUUUAUUUUCAGAGUUCUGUCGAUGAUUACGAAAUAUUCCGUCAAGCUCAAAGAACACCACUUAAUGCUAGGGUAAUUAAAAAAUUAAUACAGAGUUUGAAAAACAAUGAAACUAGACCAUAGUUCAGAAGUAUACGUAACAUGCUUUUUAUCAUUUCCAAUUAGAAAUACGAUGACAAAAUAUCACCACAAUUUAUUUUUAGAAAAUUUGCAACAUUUUCAUUUAUUUUCAAAAAUAUCACGAAACUAUUUCAAUUUUUUCAAACUCUGUAUUCGCAAUUUUCUCAUUUCCUAUUAAAAUUUUGUUAUUUUCAGUCAGUCAGUGCCACAGUGGACGAUCAUCGUAGAUCAAUCACACAAACAAUUGAAGAAAAUCCACGUAUCAAAUAUCUUCGUGCUUUGGAAAUGAUGAGUUCUUCUGAUCAGGUAUUUCCGUCAUAUGUCGGAUAAAUGUUUGUUUUAUUUUUUUUAGUGCACAGCGAACUCAAGCUUCGAAACAACAACUUCAUCGCAAAACGAAGAUGAUUCUAACAAAGUUUCGAAAAGAUUCAGCAAACAUUUUUGGGAUGUUGCUGAUCGUCAUGGAAAAGAUUCGAAGGCUGCAAAAGAUACUUUCCACAAUCGUUAUUUUGGCAAAGUCGGACACCACGUCGUUGAAAUGGCAAAUCGUGGAAGUGGCGAGAAAAUUGAGAGUGACGAUGAUAAAGAGGAUGAUGAAAAAUUGAAGAAAAAAGAGUUGGCUAGGAAUGCGUUCAGAAAUGGUGUUCAUGGAGAGGUAACAAAAUAAAAAUUGGAGAUUCUGAAUGGAAAGUGUUAUGUUUCAGACACUCGAGGAUGGUUUGGAAGUUGAAGAAACUAGACCACCAUCGAUUACUAAUGAUUAUUGGAAAACUUCUAGAGUAAGUUUGUUCCUUGACAAUGAAUCAUUGUCCCUCUUUUCCAAAAUCCAAAAAAAUAUUUUUCACUUAUCCAGAAACACAAUCAUCAAUAUCAUCACAUUUUCUGA